AUGGCAUUGUGUCCCACCACGGAUCUUGAAAAGGAAGAGAUGCAUAAGGUUCCAUAUGCUUCAGCUGUGAGAAGUCUUAUGUAUGCUCAAGUUUGCAUCCGUCCCGACUUAGCAUUCAUUGUAGGAGUUCUUGGCAGAUAUCUAAGCAACCCUGGUAUGCAACAUUGGAUAGCAGUAAAGCGUGUAAUGCGCUACCUGAAGAGAAUAAGAGAUUUUGUGCUCACUUAUCGGAAAUCAGAUAACUUGGAGAUCAUUGGGUAUUGUGACUCAUAUUUUGUAGGAUGUCCGGAUAGCAGACGUUCCACAUCUGGUUAUAUUUUUCUCUUGGCUGGAGGAGCCGUCUCUUGGAAGUCUUCCAAACAGACUUUAGUGGCUCCUUCUAUCAUGGCAGUGGAGUUUAUGGCUUGCUUUGAGGUAUCAAAUCAUGCAAUGUGGUUGCGGAACUUUGUCACAAGCCUACAUAUCGUUGGGAGUAUUGAAAGGCCCUUGAAGGUUUAUACAUGGUAUUCUCAGGAUUACUGCCAACAGAAACUUUUUCGAUAG